AAGGAAGAGGAAGACGAUAAUGAUCAAUUUGAAUUUAUGUGGAACGAUUGCUUGCCAGACCAGAUGAUUGUCUUUGGAGUUGAAGAUAUACCACAUAUUAUUAAAACAGUUAUCACUGGAAUGCAACCGAUCAGAAAUAAAUCUCAAAAACCUGUACCUGCGAAUGUAUUAUUCUUGAGUGCUCGAUUUGCUCAUUAUUUUAGUAGCCCUGAAUUAUUAGAAUCAUUAUUAUUCGAAGUUAUUAAUUCCAUAGAUACUGUUGUCAAGACACGACCCGAUGAUAUGACUCUUUUAUCAUUCUGGAUUUCAAAUUGCACAUUAUUACUGUACUAUCUAAAAAAAGAUUCAGGUCUUGCUAGCGCUACUGUUGAAUAUCAAUUAAGGAUCUCUGAACAACUUCAUGAAACAUAUGUAUUUUUGAUAAGAGAUGCCGAAAGACGAAUUGAAAAAGUAUUAGAAUCUUCAAUGUUAGAAUAUGAUGCCAUCCCUGGAAUGGAUGAUGUUCGGUUCGAAGGUGAAUGGAGGGUUUUCAGAAAUUUCACCCGGAGAUCAAAAAGUCCUCAAGAAAAUGGCUAUACAACCCCGUCGAGACCUUCAUCUAUCAAUCUAAAAAGAAAUUCCUCUUCAAAUAUGAUACCUUUUCGUACUCCCGCGUCUCCACGGCAACGAAGCGCUCCAUCUCCCCGCAAUAUUACUUCCCUUUUAUCCUCUACACUUUUUAUACUUCAAACUUAUGAAGUUCAUCCGAUGAUCAUUGACCAAGCAAUGCAAAUUCGUCUUAAUGUUUCUGUUAUUGAAGAUUGGGUCCGCACCAACAAUUUAUCGUUAUCUCUUAUAUCACAUUUCCAACCUUUGAUUCAACUUUUACAAUUGUUGAUGUGCUGGUCUCAGAUGACUGAUUUUGCAUUUUUAGUGCAAACUACUAAAGAACUUAACCUUAUUAAUCCUGCACAACUUAAGCGA